GCAAAGUACCAGUUUAUAUUAGGAUAAGACCAGUCAUUGUAGUCCAUUUCCUUCUUACAUAAUUCCUAACUGAAAGAAAAUGUCUGGCAAAGUCAUAGUCGUUCCAACUGAUGUCGAAUUUGUGCAGCAUCUUAAAAAUGCUGGCAACAAGCUUGUUGUUGUUGAUUUUUUUGCAGAUUGGUCUGGCCCAUGCCGACAAAUCGCACCAAAGUUUGAAGAAUUUGCUGCUAAAUAUACCAAUGCUGUAUUUUUGAAAGUUGAUGUAGAUCAAUGCGAGGAGACAGCUCAAUCUCAAGGUGUUUCUGCAAUGCCCACUUUUGUUUUAUACAAAGUACAAAAAAAAUUGGAUAAAAUGAGUGGUGCUAAUGCUAAUGGACUAGAAGAACUUAUAAAGAAGCAUUAUCAAGCUGAUGACGAUGAUGAUGUACAAGUAAAAGGAUAUGUUGAUUUGUCAACUUUCCUUGAUAAAUCUGGAUGUGUUUGUUUAAAUUCUGACGAUGAACAUACUCUUGAACAUGGGAUGAAUAAAAAAGGCGGAUUCUUACAAUCUGAUUGUGAUGAACAGCUUCUCAUAACGUUGGAAUUUAAUCAGCAAGUAAAGAUUCAUUCUUUGAAAAUUAAUGGACCUCAAGAUAAAGGACCAAAGACACUUCGCAUAUUUAUUAAUCAACCCAAUACUUUAGAUUUUGAUUCUGCGUUGAGAAACAAAUGCACUCAGGAAAUUGAACUAACAAAGGAAGACCUUGAAGAUCAAGCAAUUGUGCCUUUAAAAUUCGUUAAAUUUCAAAACGUGAACAAUUUAACGAUUUUUGUAAAGGAUAACCAAGAAGAUGAUGAUGUUACACAAAUCGAUUUCCUUGGUCUAAUCGGAGCUCCUGUCAAUACUACAAAUAUGGGAGAGUUUAAAAGAGUUGCGGGAAAGAAAGGAGAAAGCCAUUAA